AUGCCUGUGGAGUGGAUGGAUGUCACAGUUGUCGUUUGUCAUCUUAACAGAUUCGCGAACGACAGUUGUGACAUCCGCUCACUAGUCAGGCAUCAAGCCUGGGACCAAGCCGGUGACCAGGUGAAGGGUGUAAGAGGGUUACAUGGUUUCUACACAACGAGCUUCGUACGUAAGCUGGAAACAGCAAAGUCAUCGCAAGAGAAAGCACAGUUCAUCGCAAGCGAUCUCCCCGCUUUGGUAGGCGACUGUGCCUUUUGGAUGGACACGUUGACUGUCGAUCAACGAAACCCAGUUGAAGUCUCAGAGAUCGUGGAUGUCAUUCCCGAUAUCUUCAGGAUGGCCAGAAAGACGAUUGCAGUCAAAGAGUGCGACGGAUUGUAUGAUUGCUGCAUUGCUGCGGUUGCUGGUUUCGAAACCGCGGACGAGUUUGCCAGCAAAUUUAAUGAUCACAGCAUUGCGCAUACUCACUAUGUCUGCGCAGAGUCGUACCUCCAGAGAUUAUGGACGCUGCAGGAGUGCUUACUCUCUCAUACGAUUGAAUUUGUGGUUGGAAGCGACAACCAACCCAAGAAGCUCGCGGUGCGGGAACAGGCUCUCGGCGACAGUGAUUUCUAUCGACACCAGACGGAUGUUGGGACUAUCACGCUGAAUCUUAAGAAGCUAGCCUACUCUUUCUGCGGUUCGCAGAGCAACACCUUCAUAGACGAGUUCGUGAAAGCUUAUGUCCAUGGCGGGACCGUUGUUAAUCCACGUAGCGCAAAGCGCAGCCAACAUGAAGACAUACACUCGGGUGGUUUUCUACUGGCGAAUCGAGCAUCGCCUAGAUCCGCUACUAUGCCCUGCGACUACAUCUUCGCGACCAUGCCAUCUUUUCCAUGGUAUACAUAUCCGAAGAAAGAGGCUUUGUCGAUGUCGUUUGGAGAAAUUUAUUCAGAUCUUUAUCAGCAAGCUGAACGAUCUGGACAUGCUUUUACAUGCAGGCUCACUCGAUCGAUGCUUGAUCCCAUGUGCACAGAUCCCACAGACGGUUGGCUACCAAGCCAAUAUCUUCCCAGUCCGACGACGCUCGGCGAUUUCCUGAAACUGAUGGGCAAUCGCGUACCCAAAGCUUCCAAUGCUACUUCACCGCACGUGCACAUCACAUCGGAUGUGCAGAUUAUGGAACUAGAAAGCAAAUGCCUGCCAGACAUUCUCAUCGCCAGGCUAGAAGCUUGUUUCGAGCAGUCGCGAACACCAUGGAUUGAGUCUUUCACAAGUGGUGAGCUUCCAAAACUCGGGAAAUAUCCUAGUCAUCGUUGGACGGUCAAUCACGCUGAUGCCGCGAGGUGCGGUUGGGUUCCCAUUAACCCAGAGUAUGCAGCACAAGUGUACGACGAUGGCGAUCAUACUCGGACGAGAACCGACCCCAGACUAGAAUUCGAGGAAGGCGAUUGUUUAGUGGACAUCAGUAGCCUAGACGAGACUGAGCUAGAGGCCAGCAUGGAUGAGGCUGGUGGACACGUACCACUCUUUGCGCAGGCCAGGAGAAUCCUUGUCCGUAUGUGGUUCGCAUAUGAGGGGCAAAGCCGCCCUGGAGCCCAGCAAGAAGAGUGGGCAGACUUCAAGCGGUCUAUGCAAGAUCUCUGGUCAACACCACUAUUACAUACCGUACUCCUCCUAGCUGGUAUGGUCAACUGUCGCAUCCCAUUAUCCGCCGCAGCAUGGGUCAACAAGCUCUUCAUCCCCGUCUACAUUCGGCACAACGAAGAUCUUCUUUCCGUCGGUCUCUUGGCAAAGCACGCACGUCGGCCUAAACAACAGCGAAAAUACCCUCUUCAUCUACUGUGCGUUGGCCAACACCUGCCCUCGCCCCACGAGAAGGCUUUUGGACAGGACUUGUUUCUUGUAGAUACGGAAACCAAGGUGCCGGUUGGCUUGGCCCCCGAUUUGUUCCAUGAAAGAUACAAUGAUGAGGCAUCCGUAAGAGUCGCAAUUUCUUUGUAUAAUGGCUAUUUUACGGAUUUAGGAGACAACAAACUAGACAUCGGCCCCCGUCUGCUCUCUGAUGAGCCGUCUGUUCCUAGAGAGGCGUGUGUCGAUAAUGUCCAGUAG